AUGACAGGCAGAGAAGGCUACACUCAGAAAACUGUUUGCUACAAAACUUUAUCUCAAUUGUUGGUCCUCAAGAAUCAAGACCAUUUCAGUUCUUGUUGCCCACGUUGGAAGGCCAUAAGCUCUGUUUCUGAGGUCAAAAUGCUCAAGCUUUUGAAGCAGAAGUUUAUCAUGCAUGGGAGUUAA